UUGUCAUGGUUAAAAUAUGGAAAAAUCUUGAAACAUGGUGGCAAGAAAACUAUUGCAUACAACUUACAGUUGUGUAUAUCCUACUUAUUGAAUAGUUAUCCUGUACAAGGAGUGGUUUAUCUUUUAAUAUAUCACCCACUUUUUUUAUUAAUGAUGUGGAGCUAUUUUAAAGCUACUUUUAUGUCCCCUGGAUAUUCAACUGAUACUAGAUUAGCUUCGGUAGAUUCAUCAACAACGACGUAUAUACCACUCGAUCAGCGUCGCUCAAAUUCAGGAGAAACAACAAGCAGUAAUGUGCCCGAAUCAAGUAAUGUACCUUCUAAUCAAGGCCAACAAGGUGGAACUCAACAACGAAAGAAAGAUAAUAUUUUAGUUGUGAUAGAUGAAAAUGGUAGUCCCAUAUCACGUGGAUCCAUUAUGGUAAAACAAAGUGGGGAAAAACGGUUUUGUCAAAAAUGUAAUUUUGAUAAACCUGAUAGAGCUCAUCAUUGUAGAGUUUGUAAAGAGUAUGUAUUAUUCUAUAUGUAUUUUAAAGAUGGACCAGUAAGGCAUCGUAAUCAAAAACCUUUUUAUUUAUUUCUUUUAUGGGCCACAUUAUAUUCAUUUUUCAUUUCGACAUCUACACUAAUUCCAAUAAUUAAAUAUGCAGAAUCAACAGAAGAGCCAGUAAUAGAGAUUGAUUUAAAUUGGACAUUUUUAAUAUUACUUGGGGGAGUAUUUUUUUUAUGUUUGAUAGGGUUCACAAUAUUUCAUACUGGUCUAAUUUUAUCAAAUCAAACUACUUUAGAAAGUUUACAAAAACAUAAUUAUAAAGUGAGAGAAAAUGGGGAUGUUACAACAAGUAAAUAUUUGAAUUUAUUUGAUAUUGGUAGAAAGAAUAAUUGGAUUCAAGUUAUGGGUCCAAAAUGGUACUUUUGGUUUAUUCCUAUUGGGGAUCCAUUUAAUGAUGGAAAGUCUUGGCCAUUAAAUUCUUACAGAUAUAGUACUUUAUGUGAUUCCGUAGAAAAUUUAAAUAAUCCUGCUCAAAUAUUAAUCCAUUUUCGCAUACGAAUGGGUGAAAAUAGGUUGCAAUACAAGUUACUUCAUAAAAUGUCUGAACAGAAACUCGAAUUAUCCAAACCACAAAGUUCUCUUGAUAAAGAAAAAGUUUCACAACUAAAUCAGGAAACGGAAGAAAUACUUCAUGAUCUUGAUAAACCUGACAAGAAAGUUAAUAAAUUGACUGAACAAAAAUUAGAACAUUUAAAACGAUUCAUCGAUGAGAUAAAGGCAGAAACACAAUUAGUUUGUGAUGAAAAAUUUCAAAAAUCUCGAACAAAAGAGAAUAAAAGAAAAGAAGAACCUCAGCCCAGGUCUGUACCAACUUUGUUAGUUGAUUUGAGAAAACCUUUUAAUAAAUGGGAUGUCAUAAAUAAUCCUCGGAGACAAGAAUUUAAUUCAGAAAUCAAUUCUACUUAUAAAUCAAUGUGGAGUGUCAUCGAUAAAAUCAAAUGA